AGCUUUUUAGAAGUUUUCAACACAUUUUUGCGAUCAAAACCCUAAAAAAUGGGUGGAAGAACGGACGAAAGUGGCGGAGGAGGUAAAGAGAAAGAGGAAGAGCAAGACGGUUUAUCCGUACACUCUCCCUGUAAAGCUUUACCUUCCUCCGCUUCCUCUCUCUCCAAGGAGCAGUCACAGGUUGAAUUAGAGCUCAGGUUAUUAGAAGCUCUUGAAAUCUAUCCUCCUGUUAAACUCCGAGGGAUACAUCGCCACUUUGUUCUUUAUGGUCUGAUGGAGUAUCUCGGAAGAAGCUUUGACCGACCGUUCACAGCAGAUGAGGUUCUGCAGCUACUUGAUCGUUUCUACAACAUUGAGAUGCUGAAAUCAGAUGAUGAGGACAUAGACAUUCUGAAUCACGAGGAAGACUUUACCUUGCCGCAGAGUUACUUUGAUAAGGAAGAAGAAUGACAGAGCAAGAAGAAAAGAUCUUUGCUUCAUUCAUCUUCCCAUCUUUUUUGUAUAUGGUUAGGUUUGUCUUCAGCUCUUAUGAUAAGCUUUUUUCUGUAUAUUCUGCAGUUUUAAUGUCAAUAAAACCAUCCUUUUUUACUCUGUUGAAGAGCUAAUAAUGAUAACAAGCUUUUUGUUUUGCGGUUUUCGCUCUUUUCAUGUUGACAUUUAGAGCCAUGGUUGUGUUUGUUUGGUUGGCAAUUUUUAAUAUACAUUUGAAAUGUAU